AGGGAGGCCGCGCGCGCCCCCGAGCUCGCGAGGCGGACCCGCGCCUCGCACCUGCGGCGGCCGGGGCGGGGCCGGGGCGGGGCCGCGCUGUCCCCGCUGUCCCCGCCCACCCGGCCCGCGCCCCAGGAGCCCGGGCGGAACCGAGCGCGGGGCCCGAGCGGCCGGCGGCGCGGCAGGCGCAGACAAUGGGAGCGGCGCUGGCGGCGGCGGAGACGGCCGCGGAGCCCCGGACCCGGCGGGGACGCGAGGCCGCGCCAUGAGCCCCGCAGCCGGACGCCCCCCUGCGCCGCGCGCGGGCCGAGGCGAGCGGCCUCUGCGAGCCCCGGGCCCCGCCCUGGGGCCGGCGAUGAGCUGCCGAGGCUGAGGAUGAUGGUAGAUUGCCAGAGCUCUACGCAGGAGAUCGGUGAGGAGCUGGUCAACGGGGUCAUCUACUCCAUCUCCCUGCGCAAGGUGCAGCUGCACCACGGGGCCAGCAAGGGCCAGCGCUGGCUCGGGUGUGAGAAUGAGUCGGCCCCAAACCUCUACGAGACCUGCAAGGUGCGCACCGUCAAGGCAGGCACGCUGGAGAAGCUGGUGGAGCACCUGGUGCCCGCCUUCCAGAGCAGCGACCUUUCCUACGUCACCGUCUUCCUGUGCACCUACAGAGCCUUCACCACUACCCAGCAGGUGCUCGACCUGCUCUUCAAAAGGUACGGUAGAUGUGACGCCCUCACGGCCUCCCCUAGAUACGGCUGCGUCCUGCCCUACUCCAGUGAGAACGGCGGGCCUCAGGAGCAACUUAAAAAUGCCAUCUCCUCCAUCCUGGGCACCUGGCUGGACCAGUACUCAGAGGAUUUCUGCCAGCCUCCAGACUUCCCCUGCCUCAAGCAGCUGGUGGCUUAUGUGCAACUCAACAUGCCUGGCUCGGACCUGGAGCGCCGUGCCCACCUUCUUCUGGCCCAGCUGGAGGACCUGGAGCCCAGCGAGGCUGAGCCCGAGGGCGAGGAGGCCUGGGCUCUGGCACCAGCUCCAGUGCUAGCUCUGAAGCCAACCACAGAGCUGCAGCCAGAGCCGGCUCCAGCACCAGCCCUGGCACCCAGUCCAGUGGCUGCACCAGCCUCAAAGCCGGAGCCGGCUCCAGCACCAGCCCUGGCACCCGCUCCAGUCGCAGCACCAGCCUCAGAGCCGGAGCCGGCUCCAGCACCAGCCCUGGCACCCGCUCCAGUGGCAGCACCAGCCUCAGAGCCGGAGCCGGCUCCAGCACCCGUUCUGGACCAAGAGCCAGCGCCAGCACCUGCUCCAGAGCUUGAGCCCAUUGCAGCACCUGCUCGGGAGCCCGACCCAGCUCUGUCACAGACUCUAGAAUCAGAGCCCACCUCAGCACCAGUGCUGUCGGCAGAGCCUUGCUGGCCUUCCCCUGUGUCCACGGAGAACGGGCUGAGCGAGGAGAAGCCUCAUCUCUUAGCAUUCCCUCCCGACCUGGUGGCAGAGCAGUUCACGCUGAUGGAUGCGGAGCUGUUCAAGAAGGUGGUGCCCUACCACUGCCUGGGUUCCAUCUGGUCCCAGCGGGACAAGAAGGGCAAGGAGCACCUGGCGCCCACCAUCCGUGCCACCGUCACCCAGUUCAACAAUGUGGCCAACUGCGUCAUCACCACCUGCCUCGGGGACCGGAGCAUGAAGGCCUCAGACAGGGCCCGGGUGGUGGAGCACUGGGUUGAGGUGGCCAGGGAGUGCCGAGUCCUGAAGAACUUCUCCUCUCUGUAUGCCAUCCUCUCCGCCCUGCAGAGCAACGCCAUCCACCGCCUGAAGAAGACCUGGGAGGAGGUCUCCAGGGACAGCUUCCGAAUAUUCCAGAAGCUAUCUGAGAUCUUCUCUGAUGAGAACAACUACUCCCUGAGCAGAGAGCUGCUCAUCAAGGAGGGCACCUCCAAGUUUGCUACCCUGGAGAUGAAUCCCAAGAGAACCCAGAGGCGGCCGAAGGAGUCGGGUGUCAUCCAGGGCACUGUCCCCUACCUGGGCACGUUCCUCACUGACCUGGUGAUGCUGGACACUGCCAUGAAGGACUAUCUGUAUGGGAGGCUGAUCAACUUCGAGAAGAGGAGGAAGGAGUUCGAAGUCAUCGCGCACAUCAAGCUGCUGCAGUCCGCCUGCAACAACUACAGCAUCGCUCCUGCCGAGCACUUCGGGUCCUGGUUCCGGGCCCUGGAGCGGCUCAGUGAGGCCGAGAGCUACAGCCUGUCCUGUGAGCUGGAGCCCCCCUCUGAGUCUGCCAGCAACACCCUCAAGACCAAGAAGAGCACCGCCAUUGUGAAGCGCUGGAGCGACCGCCAGGCCCCCAGCACAGAGCUCAGCACCAGCAGCAGCUCCCACUCCAAGUCCUGUGACCAGCUCCGGUGUGGCUCCUACCUCAGCAGCGGCGACAUCACGGACGCGCUCAGCGUGCACUCAGCCGGCUCCUCCAGCUCCGACGUGGAGGAGGUCAACAUAAGCUUUGUCCCAGAGUCUCCUGAUGGCCAGGAGAAGAAGUUCUGGGAGUCGGCCUCCCAGUCCUCCCCAGAGACCUCCGGCAUCAGCUCGGCCUCCAGCAGCACCUCCUCGUCCUCCGCCUGCACCACGCCUGUGGCCACCACCCGCACCCAUAAGCGCUCCGUCUCGGGCGUCUGCAGCUACAGCUCCUCCCUGCCGCUCUACAACCAGCAGGUGGGCGACUGCUGCAUCGUUCGCGUCAGCCUGGACGUGGACAACGGCAACAUGUACAAGAGCAUCCUGGUAACCAGCCAGGAUAAGGCUCCCACCGUCAUCCGCAAGGCCCUGGACAAACACAACCUGGAUGAGGAUGAGCCCGAGGACUACGAGCUGCUGCAGAUCAUCUCAGGGGAUCGCAAACUAAAGAUCCCUGAAAACGCCAAUGUGUUCUACGCCAUGAACUCUACUGCCAACUAUGACUUUGUCCUGAAGAAGCGGACCUUCUCCAAGGGGGCAAAGGUCAAGCACGGAGCCAGCUCCACCCUCCCUCGCAUGAAGCAGAAAGGGCUCAGGAUUGCCAAGGGCAUCUUCUAAGGACACCUCCCUAGGGCCAGGCUGGCCAGUGGCUGAGCACUUAGAGACUGGAGUGGCCCAGGCCAAGCAGCCCCUUUCCACCACUGCCAGCCCAGGCCACCCCCAGACUCCAGUCACCUGCACCUCUCCUGCUGCCGGGAUUGACACCUGUCGUUGGACAGGCUGACCUGGCCUCUGUGGACCACUCGCUGCCUUCGGUGCCUUCUGCUCUCUGCAACCAGAGGACUAGCUGACCUUAGCUAAGAGGCUCUGCCAGCGGGCAUGGCUCUCUGCCUGCCCCUGGACACUGCCCUCUGUACAGCUCCUGACACCUCAGGUGCAAGUCACCACCACCUGUGCCCGCAGGGACCCCAGGGCACCCCUGGCCCAGCGGGUCUGACCACUGCAGUUCUCUCCUGGUGCCCACGGGCAUUAGCCUGUGACCCUCCUGGGGUCCCAGCCCCUGCUCCCACCACUCUGGCCUUUCUCAGGCUGCACCAAAGAGUCCAUCUCUAGGGCCAGCUGAGAGUAAGGGUGUCACCUGCCUCGCACCCAGCCGCCCCGGGAGCGGAGAGAGAAGCCUCCGCGUGGACCACGCUCUUCACCUGGCAAGCGAGGACAUUCCCAUCGGUGUCGGAUCUCGUGCCACUGGAAGGGCCAUUCACACUGCAUCCUGGGCUUUACGAGACCACACAAGACGGGGCUUGAGGGAAGGAGGGCUUGGGGGGGGGAGGGGAUUGAAU